CGGUUAAAUUAAGCAGGCGGACCGCUGUUCACGUUGGUUGGGGGUCAAAUGUUUUGAGGAUGUGCUGUUAAGUGUCAUCAACAUGUCGAGUUUCUCUAGAUCUGCCCAGCAAUGGGCGACCUUCGCUCGUUCCUGGUUCCUGAUUGAUGCCAGGUUGCAGCCGCCAGGAAAGAUCGCAACCAUGUGCUCUAUUAGAUUACAGGGGAAACACAAGCCUAUCUACCAUGCGCUGAGUGACAUCGGUGACCACGUUGUACUAAUCAACACAAGACACAUAGCUUUCUCUGGAAACAAAUGGGAGCAGAAAGUCUACUCGUCACACUCGGGUUAUCCAGGUGGAUUCAAACAACUCACAGCCGCCCAGAUGCACCAAAAAGACCCAAAAGCUAUUGUGAAGUUAGCCGUUUAUGGCAUGCUGCCUCGGAAUCUGCAUCGACGCACCAUGAUGCAGAGAUUACACAUCUUUCCUGAUGAUGAGCUGCCGGACGAGAUCCUUGCCAACCUGACAGAAGAGCUGCCUCAGCCCAGAGAAAUCCCCAAGAAGUUCAGCGAGUACACCCAGGAGGAGAUAGACGCCUUCCCCAGGCUGUGGACACCACCUGAAGACUACAAGAUGAAAUGAAAUCAAGGCAGCCAAACGUGACCAAGGCGCAAAAGGUUUUUCUUUUUAAUGUCAGGGACACUUAAAGAAUCAUUUUGAACCAUCAGAUCACUUUUAAAUGACUAUCAAAUAGAAAGAGAGUCUGAAUUUCUGUUUGGAUGAAACUUUACAGAAUAACUGAGUCAGAUUGUGUGCAAAUCCAGGCAACAGCCCUGGUACCAGAUCUUGACUGCUUAGUUAGCACAAAGCAACACAAAAUCUGAGCUACCUUCAACAUAACAUACAUUCCUGUCAGGUUUGUUACCCCUGACAGAAGAGCUGAAUUAUUCAGAGGCAGCCUGAGAUGAACUCAUGUGGCUCAACUCAAAUUGAUUUUGUUUUAGAACCCACAGACCUUCACAUCAACGUGUUGCUUUGACAACUUCCGGCAAUCACUUUGGUUCAGUUAAAAAAAAGAGUUAAAGUUGGUCAAAAAUUUGAGCUUUUUGUGCAGUCCAUGUCUGGGGAUCUUCCACUGCUUUGUUCAAGUGUAAAUCAAUUGUGUUUUUGAGAUCUGUAAAAUAGGCUAAUAAACUAUUUACAAAACCUU